CCUCCCAAAGUGCUGGGAUUUCAGGCGUGAGCCACUGCGCAUGGCCUAAAAGAGAAAUUUUAAUGUAAAUUUGAGAAGAGUUGAGAUGAGGGAUGGGAGUAUGAGAUUUGGAAGUUUUAUGACUUAGAGAUUUGGAAUUGAACCAUUAAAAUAUUUUGUUAAUAGCCAUGUAGAAUAUAAGAUGAUAAUGAUUUCAAAAGAGAUGGUAGAUAGGGAGGUCAUUGGCUAAAAGAUAAAAGAACAAUUUCCAUAGAGUUCUCUUUGUAUAAGGUAAGUGUAUGUCACUUGGCUCCUCAGAAGUGUCUGCUUCUGUGAAUAAAAAGAAAAUGCUCUCUGGUUUGUGGGGAAAAAGAAUACAGAUGUUUCACAAGCAUUAUAAUCAACUAAAUGUUUGUUCAUGGUGACUUGGUACAGUAAUUAGAGCCUUGGUUGUAGAAUCAGGAAGUUCAUUCUCCCAUUGACUUAUGUGUGACUUUGAACAAAUCCCUUAUAUUUCUCAUAUUUCUCCAGUUCUCCCAUCUACAAAGUAGUAAGACCACCUGCCCUAACCACUCAUAAUGGCGUUUCUGCCUGACAGGACUGAAUGUGGGACCAGUUGGUGUCAUUCCGCUUUGACCGAAACAUUCCCAUCUGAUUGGGCGGUAGAGAUCAUUUUUGGAAAGUUCUUCCGUGUCCUGAUGUAGAAGAAAUAGCAAAUUGGACAUAUUGAAAGACGAGGGUCAUCUUUGAGAAGGGAGUUCCUGGACUCCUCACCUCCAGGAUGAGCACUGCAGUGUCGUGACCCUUGGGGUUUUGUGUGCCCUGGAGAUGCGAGAUUUUCCUUUGGCAGCAGGAGGUACGCACCCAGAGAAUGCUGGAGCUGCGAGGGGAAAGGACCCACUUCCACAGCAGAGAAAAACAAAGAGGAAAAAGGCAUAUAGGCAGCCAGCGCUAAGGAACGCACCCAGCAAGCAGUGGGCCAGUGCCACUGCCCCCAGCAGCUGUUUCUGCUGCAACCCGAGAGGAACUCGGUGAGCCUGUCCCGUUUGUGACUGCAAGCUCAGGAUUUCAAUCAAUGCAUUCCAGUAACCCUAAAGUGAGGAACUCUCCAUCAGGAAACACACAGAGUAGCCCUAAGUCAAAGCAGGAGGUGAUGGUCCGUCCCCCUACAGUGAUGUCCCCAUCUGGAAACCCCCAGCUGGAUUCCAAAUUCUCCAAUCAGGGUAAACAGGGGGGCUCAGCCAGCCAAUCCCAGCCAUCCCCCUGUGACUCCAAGAGUGGGGGCCAUACCCCUAAAGCACUCCCUGGCCCAGGUGGGAGCAUGGGGCUGAAGAAUGGGGCUGGAAAUGGUGCCAAGGGCAAGGGGAAAAGGGAGCGAAGUAUUUCCGCCGACUCCUUUGAUCAGAGAGAUCCUGGGACUCCAAACGAUGACUCUGACAUUAAAGAAUGUAAUUCUGCUGACCACAUAAAGUCCCAGGAUUCCCAGCACACACCACACUCGAUGACCCCAUCAAAUGCUACAGCCCCCAGGUCUUCCACCCCCUCCCAUGGCCAAACUACUGCCCCAGAGCCCACACCUGCUCAGAAGACUCCAGCCAAAGUGGUGUAUGUGUUUUCUACUGAGAUGGCCAAUAAAGCUGCAGAAGCUGUUUUGAAGGGCCAGGUUGAAACUAUCGUCUCUUUCCACAUCCAGAACGUUUCUAACAGCAAGACAGAGAGAAGCACAGCUCCUCUGAACACACAGAUAUCUGCCCUUCGGAAUGAUCCGAAACCUCUCCCACAACAGCCCCCAGCUCCAGCCAACCAGGACCAGAAUUCUUCCCAGAAUACCAGACUGCAGCCAACUCCACCCAUUCCGGCACCAGCACCCAAGCCUGCCGCACCCCCACGUCCCCUGGACCGGGAGAGUCCUGGGGUAGAAAACAAACUGAUUCCUUCUGUAGGAAGUCCUGCCAGCUCCACUCCACUGCCCCCAGAUGGUACUGGGCCUAACUCAACGCCCAACAAUCGGGCAGUGACCCCCGUCUCCCAGGGGAGCAAUAGCUCUUCAGCAGAUCCCAAAGCCCCUCCGCCUCCACCAGUGUCCAGUGGUGAACCCCCCACACUGGGAGAGAAUCCCGAUGGCCUAUCUCAGGAGCAGCUGGAGCACCGGGAGCGCUCCUUACAAACUCUCAGAGAUAUCCAGCGCAUGCUUUUUCCUGAUGAGAAAGAAUUCACAGGAGCACAAAGUGGGGGACCCCAGCAGAAUCCUGGGGUAUUAGAUGGGCCUCAGAAAAAACCAGAAGGGCCAAUACAGGCCAUGAUGGCCCAAUCCCAAAGCCUAGGUAAGGGACCUGGGCCCCGGACAGACGUGGGAGCUCCAUUUGGCCCUCAAGGACAUAGAGAUGUGCCCUUUUCUCCAGAUGAAAUGGUUCCACCUUCUAUGAACUCGCAGUCUGGGACCAUAGGACCCGACCACCUCGACCAUAUGACUCCCGAGCAGAUAGCGUGGCUGAAACUGCAGCAGGAGUUUUAUGAAGAGAAGAGGAGGAAGCAGGAACAAGUGGUUGUCCAGCAAUGUUCCCUCCAGGAUAUGAUGGUCCAUCAGCACGGGCCUCGGGGAGUGGUCCGAGGGCCCCCCCCUCCAUACCAGAUGACCCCUAGUGAAGGCUGGGCACCUGGGGGUGCAGAGCCAUUUUCUGAUGGUAUCAACAUGCCACAUUCUCUGCCCCCGAGGGGCAUGGCUCCCCACCCUAACAUGCCAGGGAGCCAGAUGCGCCUCCCUGGAUUUGCAGGCAUGAUAAACUCUGAAAUGGAAGGGCCAAAUGUCCCCAACCCUGCAUCUAGACCAGGUCUUUCUGGAGUCAGUUGGCCAGAUGAUGUGCCAAAAAUCCCAGAUGGUCGAAAUUUUCCUCCUGGCCAGGGCGUCUUCAGCGGUCCCGGCCGAGGGGAACGCUUCCCAAACCCCCAAGGAUUGUCUGAAGAGAUGUUUCAGCAGCAGCUGGCAGAGAAACAGCUGGGUCUCCCCCCAGGGAUGGCCAUGGAAGGCAUCAGGCCCAGCAUGGAGAUGAACAGGAUGAUUCCAGGCUCCCAGCGCCACAUGGAGCCUGGGAAUAACCCCAUUUUCCCUCGAAUACCAGUUGAGGGCCCUCUGAGUCCUUCUAGGGGUGACUUUCCAAAAGGAAUGCCCCCACAGAUGGGCCCUGGUCGGGAACUUGAGUUUGGGAUGGUUCCUAGUGGGAUGAAGGGAGAUGUCAAUCUAAAUGUCAACAUGGGAUCCAACUCUCAGAUGAUACCUCAGAAGAUGAGAGAGGCUGGGGCGGGCCCUGAGGAGAUGCUGAAAUUACGCCCAGGUGGCUCAGACAUGCUGCCUGCUCAGCAGAAGAUGGUGCCACUGCCAUUUGGGGAGCACCCCCAGCAGGAGUAUGGCAUGGGUCCCAGACCAUUCCUUCCCAUGUCUCAGGGUCCAGGCAGCAACAGUGGCUUGCGGAAUCUCAGAGAACCAAUUGGGCCCGACCAAAGGACUAACAGCCGGCUCAGUCAUAUGCCACCACUACCUCUCAACCCUUCCAGUAACCCCACCAGCCUCAACACAGCUCCUCCAGUUCAACGCAGCCUGGGGCGGAAGCCCCUGGAUAUAUCUGUGGCAGGCAGCCAGGUGCAUUCCCCAGGCAUUAACCCUCUGAAGUCUCCCACGAUGCACCAAGUCCAGUCACCAAUGCUGGGCUCGCCCUCGGGGAACCUCAAGUCGCCCCAGACUCCAUCGCAGCUGGCAGGCAUGCUGGCGGGCCCAGCUGCUGCUGCUUCCAUUAAGUCCCCCCCUGUUUUGGGGUCUGCUGCUGCUUCACCUGUCCACCUCAAGUCUCCAUCACUUCCUGCCCCAUCACCUGGAUGGACCUCUUCUCCAAAACCUCCCCUUCAGAGUCCUGGGAUCCCUCCAAACCAUAAAGCACCGCUCACCAUGGCCUCCCCAGCCAUGCUGGGAAAUGUAGAGUCAGGUGGCCCCCCACCUCCUACAGCCAGCCAGCCUGCCUCUGUGAAUAUCCCUGGAAGUCUUCCCUCUAGUACACCUUAUACCAUGCCUCCAGAGCCAACCCUUUCCCAGAACCCACUCUCUAUUAUGAUGUCUCGAAUGUCCAAGUUUGCAAUGCCCAGUUCCACCCCGUUAUACCAUGAUGCCAUCAAGACUGUGGCCAGCUCAGAUGACGACUCCCCUCCAGCUCGUUCUCCCAACUUGCCAUCAAUGAAUAAUAUGCCAGGAAUGGGCAUUAAUACACAGAAUCCUCGAAUUUCAGGUCCAAACCCCGUGGUUCCGAUGCCAACCCUCAGCCCAAUGGGAAUGACCCAGCCACUUUCUCACUCCAAUCAGAUGCCCUCUCCAAAUGCCAUGGGACCCAACAUACCUCCUCAUGGGGUCCCAAUGGGGCCUGGCUUGAUGUCACACAAUCCUAUCAUGGGGCAUGGGUCCCAGGAGCCACCGAUGGUACCUCAAGGACGGAUGGGCUUCCCCCAGGGCUUCCCUCCAGUACAGUCUCCCCCACAGCAGGUUCCAUUCCCUCACAAUGGCCCCAGUGGGGGGCAGGGCAGCUUCCCAGGAGGGAUGGGUUUCCCAGGAGAAGGCCCCCUUGGCCGUCCCGGCAACCUGCCCCAAAGUUCAGCAGAUGCAGCACUUUGCAAGCCUGGAGGCCCUGGGGGUCCUGACUCCUUCACUGUCCUGGGGAACAGCAUGCCUUCAGUGUUUACAGACCCAGAUCUGCAGGAGGUCAUCCGACCUGGAGCUACCGGAAUUCCUGAGUUUGAUCUGUCCCGCAUUAUUCCAUCUGAGAAGCCCAGCCAGACGCUGCAAUAUUUCCCUCGAGGGGAAGUUCCAGGCCGUAAACAGCCCCAGGGUCCUGGACCUGGGUUUUCACACAUGCAGGGGAUGAUGGGCGAACAAGCCCCCAGAAUGGGACUAGCAUUACCUGGCAUGGGAGGUCCAGGGCCAGUGGGAACUCCGGACAUCCCUCUUGGUACAGCUCCAUCCAUGCCAGGCCACAACCCCAUGAGACCACCAGCCUUUCUCCAACAAGGCAUGAUGGGACCUCACCAUCGGAUGAUGUCACCAGCACAAUCUACAAUGCCCGGCCAGCCCACCCUGAUGAGCAAUCCAGCCGCUGCCGUGGGCAUGAUUCCUGGCAAGGAUCGGGGGCCUGCCGGGCUCUACACCCACCCUGGGCCUGUGGGCUCUCCAGGCAUGAUGAUGUCCAUGCAGGGCAUGAUGGGACCCCAACAGAACAUCAUGAUCCCUCCGCAGAUGAGGCCCCGGGGCAUGGCUGCUGACGUGGGCAUGGGUGGAUUUAGCCAAGGACCUGGCAACCCAGGAAACAUGAUGUUUUAAGCUGCUAAGAUUGGAUGUGCCGAUCCUUGUCAAGAUGAGAUUCCAGGUCCUGAGAGCUGCUUUGAGGGAGUUCCAGGAGUACUUACUAUUGGUCAUGCAAUAGGAGAACAGAGACCCGAGGGCUGCUUUGGGGGAGGGGGGAACUUGAGAAUGUAUGGAUUUACCUGAAAACAAAUUAUUCAUUUAAUCAACAGGUGUGUUUUUUUUAAGAUUUAUUUUUUAAAAAUUAUUUUUGUGGACUUGGGUAUCCAUGAUGGCACCUACUUUUGGGAAUCUGUAGCUGUGCUUUGAGAAUUGCCAUCGGUCAUGUGUUGCACCGUUCUCUGUAUGUUUACGUCCUUUGGACUGGCUUCUCCCAGGAUUCUUUUCUGUUUUUGUUUUUUGGAUUUGGGCUUUAUUUUUUUUGUGUGUACUGUACUAUAUUGUAAAAGGGAUUUUAGCAGAGACUUUAGUCUUUGGGGCAAGAGGAGAACAGGAAUGCUGGGCUGUUUACUUUAGGUGGAGAAUCCAUCUUCAGACCUUUGGACUAUUUUCUUUCAACUCCAGUGUAUAGAAAAACCAAACAGCGACCUCAGAGCAGAGUAUUAAUGAAAAGCACAAAAAAAGGAACUAAGUUCAGCGAGGGGUGGGGGGAGGGGGGAGAUUUUUCUUUUGAAAAAAUAAUGACUCUUAGGACAUUUGUUUUUCAGUUCAAGUGCUCUUCAGCACUGUCUGUCUCCCAGUAUACCAACUCACUGGCACAUUUUUCUCGUUUUCUCUCUCCCAUUUUGCUCUGUCUCCUCAGUUAAGUGUUUCCUUCCCUUGUGCCCCCCGCUGGUGACCCUCUGCUUCCCUCUCUCUUUCCCUUUGGCAGCUGCAAUACACAGUGUUAUUUUGGGGAAAUAAAUCUAGCAAAGCCUCGCCUUCCGUGCCGAGCGUCCUCCUGGCUCUGGGAGGGAGAGGUCUGUCCUUGGGAUGCUCUCUGGUCUUUUCUUCCCCUAAGUCUUUCUCUACCCAUCAUACCCUUCCCUGCCCACCUUGUUUUCUGUUCUCCUUUUAUUAGGAAUUCCCAAGUGAAUUUUAUUAAUGUGGGAGUGGAACAGAUGCUAAAAGCUAUCCAGGAUUUUGUUUCUGUUUGUUUUCAAUUUUGUGGUUCCUUCCCUUUCCUCCCCCUCCCAUGCGUAAGACGUUCUGUGUAACCUCCAUUAAAUUUGGUACAAAACCACUCGCCAGAGCUGUGGUGUCAGAAAAAUAAAAUAUAUUGUUUCUUACAAAA